AUGCCCCACAACCACACCGGCGACGAGAGCGGCGGCACCGGGCUGUGGAUUAAGACAUCGCCGGGGAGCCGCGCUCAGCACUACGGACAAAAAGAUGUGGAGUCGGGCCGGAGGACGCUGGACAGCGCGACGCGGAUCGGCGAAGGGCUCCUGUCGCCCGGGGCGGCAGGUGCGGGCGGAGCGGAGAGGCAGAAGCAGGGCGCCCGCCUGAGUCUGCUCGGAAAGCCGCUGAGCUAGGCGCGCAGAGCGGGCCGCAGGAACGCGCGCUACCGGCGGCUCCAGAACUACCUCUACAACGUCCUGGAGAGACGGGAAUGGGCGUUCGUCUACCACGCUUUUGUGUUCAUCCUGGUGUUUGGAUGUCUGGUCCUGUCUGUGUUUUCCACCAUCCCUACUCAUCAGGACCUGUCUUCUCACUGCCUGCUGAUCCUGGAGUUUGUGAUGAUAGUAGUCUUCGGUCUGGAGUACAUCAUCAGGAUAUGGAGUGCAGGCUGCUGCUCUCGCUACCGCGGCUGGCAGGGACGCCUCCGCUUUGCCAGGAAACCCUUCUGUGUCAUAGACAUCAUUGUCCUCAUUGCCUCGGUUGCCGUGGUGUCGGCAGGAAGUCAGGGUAACAUCUUCGCUACGUCAGCGCUGCGUAGCCUGCGAUUCCUCCAAAUCCUGCGCAUGGUGCGCAUGGACCGAAGGGGAGGCACCUGGAAGCUUCUGGGCUCUGUAGUUUAUGCACACAGCAAGGAACUUGUAACAGCGUGGUACAUUGGGUUCCUGGUGUUGAUCUUCUCCUCCUUCCUGGUCUACCUGGUCGAGAAGGAAUUCAACAAGGACUUUGCCACCUAUGCUGAUGCUUUGUGGUGGGGCACAAUCACUCUCACAACCAUCGGCUACGGUGACAAGACCCCCCAGACCUGGACGGGCCGCCUGCUGUCAGCUGGCUUCGCUCUGCUGGGCAUCUCCUUCUUUGCCCUGCCAGCGGGUAUCCUGGGGUCAGGCUUUGCCCUAAAGGUCCAGGAGCAACACAGACAGAAGCACUUUGAGAAGAGGAGAAACCCAGCUGCAAGCCUCAUCCAGUGUGUCUGGCGUAGUUAUGCUGCUGAUGAGAACUCGGUUUCCAUAGCAACCUGGAAGCCUCAUUUGAAGGCGUUGCAUACCUGCAGUCCUGCCAAGUAG